AUGAAUUCGACAACGCGCACUUUAUCGAUUCAUGAUCUCAGUAGUAUUUCAUUUCCAUUUGGUAAAAUUCGAAUUUAUUUUGUAUUAAAUGGUCUUAAUAUAUCUCGCUAUUUACUCUGUUUAAUUUCAUUUGAUCGAUGGAUGAUCACUUCAAGAGAUGUUGGAAUUCGUGAAAAAAGUUCACCUGAAUUAGCUCGAUGA